GCUGGCCUCGGGUACCCGGGGCGCUGCGGCUUGUCACCAGAGUUUGUGUCCAGGCGGGAGAGUUCAUCCAAGUGGACGAAGGUGAAGAAGAAAUAAAAGAUUUGCAGGAUGAAGGUUUCCAGAAGGGACUUUGAGUUAAAGAAGGCUUUUUAUAUUUGACAAGUGUUGUCGUCUGUAAUGAAGAUCGUUGUGAAACAGAAGAUUGAAUAAAGCCUUGUAACAUUGGACCCAGAUUAGGGAUUUAGAAAAGAAAGUUAAAAUUAGUGACUUGGUUUUAGUGUUCCAAUUUCACAAUAUUUAUUCUUUCUUCUAAAUAGAUUUAGGGAGUAGAAAUUAAAAUUCAGUGCUAUACCAAAGGCUGCACUAAUAAUAGUUCUGGUAUUUUUUUUUCUUUUUGUAUGAGAGAAGAAAGAUAACCGAGAGCUAUAGUGACUCAUAAUGAAAUAUACUAAAUUGAAUUUUAUGAUGUCAGUUCUUGGCAUUAUAAUCUAUAUAACUGAUUUAAUUGUGGACUUCUGGGUAUCUGUCAGGUUUUUCCUUGAAAGACAAUAUGUUUUUGGUGCUUUAACAGUGAGCUUUAUGCUCUUUGGAACACUUGUUGUCCAGUGUUUUAGUUAUUCUUGGUUCAAGGCUGAUUUAAAGAAGGCAGGUCAAGAAAGUCAGCAUUGUUUUCUUCUACUUCAUUGCUUGCAAGGAGGAGUUUUUACAAGGUAUUGGUUUGUCUUGAAAAAGGGUUAUCAUAUGGCUUUCAAAUAUAGCAGCAAAACUGAUAACUUCGUGGAAGAACAAAUUGAUCCACAUAAAGAAGUUAUAGAUAGAGUGACUGAUUUGAGCAUGCUCAGGCUUUUUGAGACCUACCUGGAAGGCUGUCCACAACUUGUUCUUCAGCUCUACACCUUCCUGGGACAUGGCCAAGCAAAUUUCAGUCAGUAUGUAACCAUCGUGGUCUCAUGCUGUGCUAUUUCUUGGUCGACUGUUGAUUAUCAAGUAGCUUUAAGAAAAUCCUUGCCUGAUAAAAAUCUCCUUAAUGGAUUCUGUCCCAAACUCACAUAUCUCUUUUACAAAUUGUUUACAUUAUUAUCUUGGAUGCUGAGUGUUGUACUUCUUUUAUUCUUAAAUGUUAAGAUUGCUGUAUUUCUGUUGUUAUUGCUUUGGUUUUUGGGUAUCUUGUGGGCAUUUAAAAAGCAAACUCAGUUUUGUGCUUCCAUAGGUAUGGAAUUCUUAUACAGGAUUGUCGUUGGAUUCAUCCUUAUCUUUACAUUUUUUAAUGUUAAGGGACAGAAUACCAAAUUUCCAAUGUCUUGUUAUUAUAUUGUAAGGGUACUGGCCACAUUGGGGAUAUUAAUUGUGCUCUGGGUUUGCUCACUUUCUGUUUUUACUUCAGACUAUUUUAUACCUAUCAGUAUCACUAUAGCUCUUACUCUUCUCCUUGGAAUUAUUUUUCUUAUUGUUUAUUAUGGGACUUUGCACCCAAACAGAAAUGAAGAAACAAAACCUGACGAGAUUGAUGGACAGUCAGUUCAAAGAGACUGUAGAAUGAAAUAUUUCCUUAUGGAAUAAGCUAUUCACUUAAGAUGUAUGUUUUCUUAUCUUUUGUUUCAUUGUUUAGUAAAGAAAACGUUUUGUGUAUGUUUGUGUGUUUCUUAUAUUUGCAUUGUUUAAUUUGAGAUCAGUUCUGGUACAUUAAUUAUGAAUGUGAGAGAACAUAAUAAUAUAUAUAUAUUUUUGUGUGUGUGAGGAAGAUCAGCCCUGAGCUAACAUCCGUUGCCAAUUCUCCUCUUUUUGCUGAAGAAGAUUGGCCCUGGGCUAACAUCCGUGCCCAUCUUCCUCUACUUUAUAUGGGACGCCGCCACAGCAUGGCUUGACAAGCAGCGUGUAGGUCCAUGCCUGGGAUCCGAACCCGUGAACCUUGGGCCGAGGAAGUGGAGUGUGUGAACUUAACAGCUACACCACUGGGCUGGCUCCGAGCAUAAUAAUAUUUUUAUUAUUUAAAUUAAUUUCUUAUUUGGUUUUGAAGGUCUUGGGUACUCAGAUAUACUUGCCUAUUGCCUGGUAGAGUUGCCAUCUGGAGCCUGAAUUGGAAGAAGUGGUCUAGUUCCCAUAAUUAGGAGGCUGGAGUUGAGCUUCCCUCCAACUUUUUCCUCAUUGUUCCUGAACAAAAACUGAUGCACCUGUUGUGGAAAAUUGCAAAAGGAAGAGCAGAGCAAAACACUCCUUCUUCUUUCCUCUGUUGUCUUGGUUCGGUGCAUAUAUUUUGAGUUGGGGACAAAUUGAGUAGAGGAAAAGGGAAAGGAGGGAAAGAGGAAGACAAGAAAAUAUAAAAUUUGCCAUCUUAACCAUUUGUAAGUGUUCAGGGUAGUAGUGUUAACUAUAUUCACCUUGUUAUGCAUCUCUUUUAACUUUAUCUUGCAAAACUGAGACUGUUCCCGUUGAACAACAACUCCCUAUUUCCUUCUCUCUCCAGCCCCUGGCAACCAGAAUUCUAUUUUCUGUUUAUAUGAAUUUGACUGCUUAAGAUACCUCAUAUAAGUGGAAUCAUACAGUAUUUGUCUUUUUGUGUCUGCUUAUUUCACUUAGCCUAAUAUCCUCAAUGUUCAUCCAUGUUGUAGUAUGUGCCAGGAUAUUCCAUUGUAUGUAUAUGCCACAUUUUCCCUAUUUUAUCCAUCACUGGGUUGCUUCCACCUCUUAGGUAUUGUGAAUAAUGCUGUAAUGAACAUGGGUUUGCAAAUAUCUCUCCAAGAUCAUGCUUUCAACUCUUUUGGAUAUAUCCCCAGAACUGGGAUGACUAGAUCAUAUGGCAAUUCUAUUUCUAAUCUUUUGAGUAACCUCCAUAUUGUUUUCUACAGUGGCUGUACCAUUUUAUAAUUCCACCAACAGUGCACAAGGGGCUCAAUUUCUCCACAUCCUCACCAGCACUGGUUAUUUUCUGUUUUUUGGAUAGUGACUAUCCUAAUGGGUGUGAGGUGAUAUCUCUUGGUGGUUUUGAUUUAGAUUUCUCUAUUAGUGAUGUUGAGCAUCUUUUCAUAUACCUGUUAGCUAUUUGUAUAUCUUCUUUGGGGAAAUGUCUAUAUCUGAUUAAGGGGUUAUAUCCAAAAUGUAGAAAGAACUACAACUGAACAACAAAAAACCCCCAAAAUAACCUAAUUAAAAAAUGGGAAUAGGAUUUGAAGUAACAAAAUCAUAUUUCAAUAGUUUUAUGCAUUAUUCCCUUUAGCAAGAAGUAAAUUUUGGUCCUAGGAGUAACAGGGAGGGCAAUUGGAUUAGAGUGAACUCCUGGAAAUAAUGAAGUUUUUUCCAUCAAUUUUUUUUCUUUUUCAGUUCCUUUUUAUUUUCCUUGGGUCACUUCUUAAUGAACGAGUCUUCAACAGUAGCCUUCUCUAUCGCCAAGAGAAAGAAUUGCCAUUUCCACAUUUAGUCUUAUACCUUAAUAUAAAACUACUGUAUAGCUUUUGGAAAGAAGAGUGAACUUACUGAAUACAACAAAUUUCAACUAUCAAGCUAUUUGAAAACAAUAAGUAAAUGUUGAGUGCUAACUCUGUUCCCAGCACCCUCCUAGGUACUGUUGUGGAUACAAAACAAGUCCAGAAUAGAGUUACAUACUGAAGCAUUUACAGAAACCGACAAGCUAUCUUUCAGAAUGCUGAUUAUAAUGUUUGUAAUUUUCAUUUUAUAGUAAAUGAAACAAGUAAAUAUUGAAUAACA